CGCCGGCGCUGGCGGAUGGUCCCGCCCGCGCCGGGCAUCGCCGCGCACCGCGGGAAGAUGGCGGCGCCCAGGGCGGCGUGGGACGGCCCGGAGGAGCCCUGGAACCGCCUGGACGUGCUCUGGCCCGCGAGCAGCGCCACGGUGCCGCUGCCGGCCCAACACCCUGCAGUGAGGUGCCUGUCGGUGCUGCGGCGGCAGUGCUACAUCGCCGGGAAGCGGCUGUCGGGGCCGGGCUUGGCCGCCGAGGGACGCGUCCUGCGCUCCGUGCUCUACGUGUACCACAGCAGGCUGCUCCGGCACCGGCCAUACCUGGCCCUGCAGCAGGUAGAACAAUGUUUGAAGCGCCUAUGGAGAAUGAAUCUGGUGGGCUGCCUGGAAACUCUGCUAGAACUGAUUCCCAAGAAAAAUACAUCCGAAGACCUUGCAGAAUGCUUGGUUCCCAGCCAGCCUAUACUGGAAACAGUGGCUUUGAAGGUAUUAGGAGGCUGCAAGCUCAUACUGCGUCUGCUGGAUUGUUGCUGUAAAGCUUUUCUCUUGUCCGUUAAACAUCUCUGCUCRGAGGAAUUCAUACUCCUGAACACUGUGGCUUCAGGGCUCCUGAGCCGGCUCUGGAUUCAGUACAGGUGUAUAUUGGAGACUCUCACAUCCUUGUACAGUGCCUUGUGGACARUGCUUCAUCUGGUAUCUGAAACCCAACAGAUGCCUUAUAUCAAGGGGUUUACCUUCCCUUCUGAUAUCAGCGACUUCCUUGGAGUUAAUGUGUCUUCUGAGGCAAAGAAACAAAAGGCUAAAAUGCUUACAACAAAAAAAUCUACCAGCUGGAUGAAGAGACUCUUCCCAGAAAUGCCAGAGGCAGUACUAAAGGUUGGGAAAAAGAGAAAACUUGAGACCUGUACAAGUGCUGUGAAAUACCGUAGCAUCCCCGUGGACAUUGGAGAGGCAGUUCAGGUGCCCACAGCCAGAAGAGGGAAGCACUCAGGGUUUGAUGUGAAGAGCCUUCUUAGGCCAUCCAGAUAUCCAACACAAGAGGGUCUAAGCAUUGCAUCAACACCUUUUAAAGCAAAGUCAGCACCACCUUCCUCUCGGAUAGCAAAAUCACAGCAUGCUGGAUCUCUUGUACAGAUGGUCCAAACAGCUGCAUCAUUUGGGGAGCUGUCAGAGGCACUCAGAAAAGCUAUUUUGUUGUGCAAAAGCAACAAAUUCAAAUCAGAAGYUUAUUUUCUGCGGAACAAGUUGUUGAAAUGCAACCGGCUGCACCAUGUGGAGGCUCAAGGAUGCAGCUUGAAGAAAAAGCUUCGCUGUGUCAAAACAUCUGUCCAUAAAUACCUCCUGUAUGGGGUACAACACUCUCGCUGGCCAAAGCGGCACCUUGGGGCGUGGAUCUGCCGAAGGAGGAUCAAAUCAUCUGCACACGUGAAGACAGCUCUAAAGACUCGUGGGAAAAAGCCUCCUGAGCCUUUUGGAGUCUGUGAGAACAUUUUACCYUUCAUCCUCCCAGCUUACCAGGAUGGGUCUUCAAGUCAGGAAGAACAUUCCAAAAUUGAUACAGGCCAUGUCAGACUAAGCACAACAGGAACCCCUAAGCGGUUGCUGCUGGAAGGAAGGCCUGACCCUGUCUGGAAAGAAGUUUCUGAGAACACAGAUAUUGAUUCUAUUUUUGCAGCAAUAGGUGUUUGAUCCUGGACUUGAAGGAGGAAAGGGGUCAAAGGCAUUCUAGUUUUUGUUGGUUUUUUUUAAAGUAAACCCCUCUGAACCCUAAUGGUGUCUAAGUAACUCACAUCCUGAAUUCUGGUAAGAAAGUAGCAACUAUUUUAUGUUUUUGUAAAACAGCUUUUAUAUAUAUAUAUUUUUAAGGAUGUUSCAAACAGCUGAAGUUUCCAUUCUUUUACCUAGCCUUGUCCAGGAACAGUGACUUUGUUACUCAGUGUCCUUCUCUAUUGCUUGACCACACGUUAAGUGCUGUUGUCAAAUGCACAGCGCAAAUAGUUACCACCCAUGGCAGCAGGCUGCAGCUGAUCUUACUGCUGCUUUGGACAAAACUUGCCAACACCUUUCUAAGCCUUACACCCUUCCUUCUGUGCUGCUUGUACAGGGGACAGCCAUGAUGUGCAGUAUUACUGCUGUUUCAGCAUUUGUUGUCCUUGUUCUCACAUGAGGAGUUAACUGAACCUACCUCCUCCUGA